CUUCCCCAUGGCCCGCGCAGAGUCGGCGCUCUAGCCCGCAGAGUUGGCUCGCCUCUCUCGCCUGCCCCAGGAAAGCCACUGAGUCACGGGGUGCUCGACGCAGGCUGGGAAUUCCGGACCCUUGGGCUCCUUGGUCGCAGAGCCCUCGACCACCUGUCAGUCAUGGACCUCGCCAACACCUCCUCCAGCUUUCAGUCGGACCUGGAUUUCUGUCCGGAUUGCGGCUCGGUCCUGCCCCUGCCCGGGGCUCAGGACACAGUCACUUGUACUCGCUGUGGCUUCUCCAUCAACGUGCGAGACUUCGAAGGGAAGGUUGUGAAGACCUCAUUUGUGUUCCACAAACUGGGGACAGCCAUGCCUAUGUCGAUGGAGGAAGGACCUGAGUUCCAGGGACCCGUGGUUGACAGGCGCUGUUCUCGAUGUGGUCAUGAGGGAAUGGCAUACCACACCAGACAGAUGCGCUCAGCUGAUGAAGGGCAGACUGUCUUCUACACCUGUACCAACUGCAAGUUCCAAGAGAAGGAAGACUCUUGAUUUUUUUUUCUGGGUGACUCAACAAUCCCUUCCUCUCCUCUUUCUUGGAAGGUGAGGGAUAUUGGGUUCUCAGAUCCUUUGUCCAUCCCCUGUGUGCAGUGUUUUGCUGCCAGAGGAGAAGCAGAUCAUCAUGUGGGGGUUACCACUGUCUCCAGAGUACUCCUACCUCUAGUUGAGUUUCCUUAUUAAAGUUAUAUUUUUCUAUAA